GGAAAUAUUAGGAGUAUAAAGAAGUUAUUCAACAUUACAAUGAAUUAUUCUCUUGCUUGAAAACUUCUUUCACAAAUUACGAGUAUAUGCUUAUUUUCAUGCAGAUAUCAGUCAUUUAAUACACGAUGCGUGCGCAUAUACAUGAAGUUUUCUGCGAUUAAAAUAAUUCUUUGUACGUACUUUAAAUGUUACCGAAAAUGCUUAUGUUUUUAUUUUAAAGUUUGCUCUAAACCAAGAAGUGCAUCAUUAUAAUUGAGAAUUAGUUCUUUGUUUAUUACAAUAUUUCAAGCAGAGAACGUCAAUCGUAAAAUGGUUGAACAUUCAAUUCCUUCCGAUAUUCUCGAUGACCUUAGUAGCCGGUUUAUUAUUAAUGUACCUGAAGAAGAAAGGAAAGAUUUAGUUCGAAUAUGCUUUCAAAUAGAACUUGCUCAUUGGUUUUACUUAGAUUUUUAUUGCAUAGAAGAAAAUCCAAAAUUAAAAACAUGUAGUAUGAAGGAAUUCGCUACACAUAUUUUUCAACACAUUCCAUUUUUAAAGCCACAUGUUGCAAAUAUAGAUACGGUUUUAGAACAAUGGAGAGAAUAUAAACAAAAUGUGCCAACAUUUGGAGCAAUUGUUUUAAACGAAGACUUAACAAAAGUAUUAUUAGUACAAAGUUAUUGGGCUAAAAGUAGUUGGGGCUUUCCAAAAGGCAAAGUAAAUGAAGAUGAAGAUCCUUCACAUUGUGCUGUUCGAGAAGUAUUGGAAGAAACUGGCUUUGAUAUAUCAAAUUUAAUAGAUAAAGACGAAUAUAUAGAAUCUGUUAUAAAUGACCAAAUUGUUCGAUUAUAUAUAAUAUCAGGUGUACAAAAAGAUACCAAGUUUCAACCUAAAACUAGAAAAGAAAUAAAGAAUGUUGAAUGGUUUUCACUGGCUGAUUUGCCUAGCAAUAAAAAAGAUAUGACACCCAAAGUAAAGAUGGGAGUUGGACCAAAUGCAUUUUUUAUGGUUGUUCCGUUUGUAAAGAAAAUGAAACGUUGGGUACAAGAGAAGCAACAGCGUGAAAAAAAUUUAAUUACAAGGAGACAUAGGCAUAAAUCAUUGGGGGAUGUUGAAUCAAUUUCUAAAAGUAAACGGCAACAACAGUUAUUUUCUCAAACGGUUCAAAAUGAGGUCCUAGAUUUUAAAAGCGUUCGACAAUCAAAUACUUCACCAGCUAGAAGUCGUCGUAGCUUAUACGAUAAUAAAAAUGCCUUAUCAAAAGCAGCAUUUAAGCGUAAUUUGUUUGGUGAACAAAGUGGCGAUCGUUCGCCAUUUACUUUAGCUAAACAGUUGACAGAUAGUCCACAGGGUCAACAGUCAUAUUCAUUUUUAAAUGACCCUGCCAUUCAAUCGGUUAAAUGUAAUGAUUUUAAUUAUAAAGGAAGAAAAUCUGAAGAAGGAAUUAAAGGUUUACCAGAAGGAAAUAUCAAAUCAUUAUUAUUUGGCGAAGCUGCUCGUAAAUUAAAAACGGAUUUUAAAGCAAUACCUUCUCCAUUUACGAGUAUGGAAUGUAGUAUUCCAACGUUUCCACCACCAAUUCGCUUUAGGUUACAUGAAUAUUCAUCAGAAUUGUGUUCUAAAAUUUGGAUACAUUUUAAAUUUGAUAAACAGGCAAUUCUGAAUUGUUUGUAAAAUAGAAACAAUAAUUAUAUCGCGUAGACCAAAAAGAGUUUAAACUAAUGGGUAAAUCCGAUAUUGCAGUCUACUCUUUACAAGUAUAUUUUCUCUUGAAAGCAUAUUUCUAAGCAUAAGACAUAAAUGAUCCGUGUAUAAAAACUUUGAUAUAUUCUGUAGAUAAUAUUAUUGUAAUGGAUGGUAUUUCGUGUAGAUAUAUACUUACAAAAUAGUAUUUCCUGAAAUAGUCUUACAAAACAUAUCUCAAAGCAAUUUGCAUAAAUUUUGAUUAUAUUAAAUUUAUCAUCAUAUGGCAUAUUUAUUUACAGUAGUGCAAUAAAUUAAUACCUUCUUAACUUUUUAUUUUGACAAUGUAUACUUUAUAUAAUUUGGAGCUAUAUUUUCAGUACUAUACAAAUAGUAAUAAAUGUAUAUUCUUUGAAUUGCAUCACAUGAAAAAUGUUCAAGUUCGCAUACAUAAAAAUACGAUGGAGCAGUAUUUGAUAUUGUCUUUAACUAUUUUUGAAGUUUUCGUAUAGUUUUUUUAUUACAUACAACAAAGAAGUUGUUGUUUUGUACAAGUUUACGUCAAGACAAUUAUCGUUGGAAUAAUAAUAUAACUUAGGUAGAUUUUUAUUUUAACUAAAUGUUAUCAUAAUCCAUUUUAAUGUCAAAAUAUCAGUAAGGUAUAUAUGUUGUACGAUCACACCUAAGAUCCUUACGUUGCUUAAUAAUUUUUGUAUUUACUAAUAAAAUAUACUAAAGUAUUUUGUAAACGAA